UUUAAUGUUUGUAAUGUGUAUUCUUGUUUAUUCUUCCUAACACAGAUGUCAGUACGUAAUAUGUAAUUUACAGAUGCACUCUGUACAUUUACUCGGUUUUCAUUUACCAAUCUUCAUGAUAACUUUCGGAUGAUAUUUUAUAAAUUGUAAACAGACAAAUAUACACCCUGCAUUUUUAUGUUAUAUCGGAGUUAAAUUGUCUCUCUCUCUCCAAUCAGCUAUGUAACAAACAACAUUAUAUAUAUUUGACAAAUAAAUCGAAUAAGCAGUGGAUACUGAUACUUCAGAGGAGGUUGUUCAUGAUCUAAUGACACAUGUCACUCCUGAUCCUAGUUAACAUGUAUGAUGCCAGGAUCACAGGAAUAUCAUCAUAUGGAUGGAAAGGGGAACCUUAAAUGACACUAUUUCAAUACUCUCUUGGGGCGGGGGUAGCGGUCACAAAAUACGCAAACUAAUUUUUGGAAAGUGCUUCUCUCAAAGGUAUGGCGGUCAGAUGGGUUCGAUCGCCGGUAGCCAGAUAGAUCAGUUGUACUAACUAGGGUUCAGGGGGUCCGGGUUAAAAUCCCGAUAUGGUCCGUUGCAUUUUUUCCUUUCCUGUUACAAAGGUAAGAGGACCGUAGUUGUAUUCUCUAUACUCACCUGAUUCGCCAGUGACAUACGAAGACAACACUGUAUAUUUGUAAUACGUGCAUGUUCAUUUUAUUGGGUAACGUAUGAUACAUAUAAAAAUGGUUGCAAUCGCAUAUGGGAAUUACUAUUUCUGAGUGAAAAUCUUGACGCUUAAAUUCAUAUAAGGAGGUAUAUAUGCAGUAUAAAAACAUAAUACAUACACAUGUAUAAUAAAAAAAAAACCAAACACCACACCCAAAUAAAAAGAACCCCACAAACAAACACCCCCUCCCAAAAAAGCAAACUAAAACACAUAACAAUAACCUAAUUAACUUAAUAUAAUGAUAAGAGAGAGAGAGAGAGAGAGAGAGAGAGAGAGAGAGAGAGAGAGAGAGAGAGAGAGAGAGAGAGAGAGAGGAAACAACAAAAAUUAACAAAAGAAAAAAAAUCAACCAAACAAAAAGCAAAGAAAAGUAAACAAGAAAAAAAAACCCAGCGAAAAUUAGACAAAAGCUAACGAUUGUUAUCCAUGUUACGUGUAGGUAGAAGACACCUAUGAUAAUUAUACUGAAUACAUAUUCUGACUGAAAGGAAAAGUAUCGACCGGACCUGGACUCCAAUCGGGGUCCUUUCGUGAAUCCUGAGGAUGCUAUACCAACCUUGUAGAUGUACUCAACCUCAUGCACUCUUCUCCUUUUCCCGAACAAAUAUGGAAACCCUUUAAAUCAGUCUAAACAGAAUUUGGUGGAUCUAAGAGACUGAAGCAUUCGUGGAUUCCGUCCUGCUUUCAACUGCAUGAGGACACUUUGAGAGACGUAAAAACGAUCACAGAAGAUUGGAUAUCGCAUUUCAUGAUUGUUAAAUGUGCAGCACAAUGUUUCAUAAUCAUGCCGUCUUUGCUUGCUAUGUUGCAGCUUUAUUUUCUGGAAAAGCUUAUGCAAAUGGAUGUUCAAAAGGAAACAUUACAGAAGACGAAACAGAAUGUUGUAGGAAUUACUUCAGAGUCAACAAUAUCUGUCAAGAAUGUGUCCCUGGAUUUUACGGUUAUAAUUGUACCAGUGAAUGUCCUUACCCGCGAUACGGAUGGCGCUGUGGAUUUUGGUGCACUUGUCCAAUCUCUGAGUGUAACCACCAAUACGGAUGUCCGCCAACUACUUGGUCUGCACAUAGAGAGUCGACAACUGAAGCAUUACUUAUGAAUGAUUUAACAUCCCCAAAGUCAACAUCAACAGUUAAAGAAAAUGGAAUGCAAGAAGAAAACAGUAGGAAGAGUUUUGAUUCGAUAAUAAUAGCCCCUGGAACAUUGAUAUGCAUAGUGCUGAUAUUAAUAAUCAUAAAGGAAAUCUGUAGAUAUCGCCAAAUUCCUCGCUAUAGUGCGAUAAAUGAAAAACCGUGUAUUAUUCUAGAAGGAGACAAUGUUUACACAGAAAUCAAUGACGUCACUAUUGACGUAAAUUUUCUUAACGAUAAUAUCAAAUUACGUUCGACUGAUUUGAUUAGAAAUGGUCAUACAUCACAAACAAAGAUAGCUGACGAUGAUUGUGAAAAAAAUGCGAAGAACACUUUGCGUAAAGAGAAAACUCUCUUUAAUGAUCAUUCAGAUGAAGGGAUCAUGUGUGAAAGAGAUCUAGAGGGAGAUAUAAGAAAUGAACCCACAAAAGCAAGAUGUGUAAUUAAUAAAAGUGCCAUUGAACAUGAACAAAAUACUAUUUUGGAAAACGCCAUGAAAAAUACCAAACAGGAAAACAAGCCAGGAAUUGUUCAGUAUGGUAAGUUACGAAGCAACAUAGAGUUAGGCACAAUAGCAGGUGCCAGUUUCGAGACUUGUAAUCAAGAGUUUGAAUUCUUAUUUAUUGAUAAUGUUUAUAUUAAUGAUAAAACUGAAUCGACCUAUCUGUAAUGUUACAUUGUAGAUUAAUGUACAAAUGUGCUUUCCGUGAUAAAUUCAUGUGUCAAUUAUGGUAAAUAUGUCCUGUUGUUGAACUCCUACAUUCAAGGACAUAUAGAAUGUACCAAAAUGAUUUGCUAUAGGAUUUUGUAAAAGUAUUGUCAAUAUUUAAUAUAGCUAAAAAAACAUAUUUACCACAAAAUGCUCACACGAAUUCGCCUUUAUUUUUGCAUUAUUCACCAAUAUUACUUGUAAACUCAACAACACAGCAAAGUCCAAAUUCAUUAAAUGCAUCCAAAAUUUUGGGUAUCCAAUUACCUUAUAAUAGACUUUAGGAAAUGGAUUUUGUAUUAUUUGAUCAAACAAUAAUGUGAAUCGGCCAUUAAUGCAUGAAAUGCACCAAAAACAACGUUUUGAAUAAUUUCAACUUUUGGGUAAUGUUUUCAUAAUUGAAUCUUAAAGUAAAAAUUUGAUAACAAUGCAAAAAUGGAGGAAAAUAUUGUUAGUGUAUUUUAGCAUUUGUACCUGUUUUAUUGGCUGGGCUGAUUAUGCCACGUGACUAGUCCGCCUGUUUUAAACACUAUCUAGUCAAUGUGUAGGUAUUUGUCAAUUAGCUGAUGUAAGCCCAGCCAAUUCAUUGUUAUGCAUGAUUAUGUAAUAUGCAAUUUUAGUUACAUGUAGUAGUCAUUUGUUAUUUCAACAAAUGACAAAUUCACACAAUGGUAUUCUUUCUUAUCUUUUCAUUUAAAUGUACAGCAAAGACAAGCUGCAAAUUACCAGAAUUGUUUUUCUUAUAUUCUUUGGGGAAAAUUGUGAAUAUGAAUAUGUAUUUUCAGCAAUAUUAAAAAUUACAAUAAUUUUACAAAUUUCUCCUGAUGUAACAACUUUUUUGGUUUUAUGGUGUGGAGGACAUUUGCCUCAGUAGGAAUACUGUAAGUAGACAUAGAUACCAAAUGUAUAGAUCUGUUUAUUGACAGUUUGCUUACCUGAAACAUAUGUACUCCUCGAAAUCACAGACUUGAUGUCACGUUAGUAUUCUGUCAAAUGACCUAAGUGAUCAAUGGCGAAGUAUAAUGAAAUAUUUUAAAAUAUUGCCUGUUUUUUUUAAAAUCAAAUAUGUUGGUUUUCUAAUUAUAUUCAUAACAUGAAAGUCCAUUCACUACGGAGAUUUUGAUAGGCGGAAUAUUUUAUGUAAACGGGGUAAGGCUGUGAAAUAUUUUAUAUAUGAUAUGCAGCUUCCUAACAAAUAAGUUGAUGUUACAGGGAUUUUAACAGUUUCGUUUAAAGUCAGCAUUUCGCAAAUUUUAUGGUACGUAUAUGGAUUUAAUUUGCAAAUACGUCAUUGGGUCGAAUCCUGUCUGACAUAUUUCAUAUCAAUUGUAAUGUUCUAUGCAUAUUGAUGUUGACUACGGAUUUAUUUGAUCAAAAUAUGGGGCUCACGGCGGGUGUGACCGAUCAACAGAGGAUACUUAUAUUGUACUCCUCCGAAACACCCGAUCCCACCUCUGGUAUGUCCAAGGGUCUAUGUUAGCUCUACUCUUAAUUUUGUAUUCUUUGUGGUAUUUGUGAGAUUGAUCACUGUUCAUUAUUUGUGAUUUUUAGUCUAAUAGUAUCUUUUGCACUGUCUUUAGUCAUCACUAAUCCAUUUCUAUACAAUGUACAACAUUUUGUCAUUCAAUUACUGGUAAUAAAAAACAUUUUCAAACAUACAUGCCAUUUUUGUUUUAUUCACUUAUAUAUAUGAGGUUGAUCACUGUUCGUUAUCUUCGCCUUUCGUAUAAAACAGAAAAGACGAAGAAAUGAUCUGAUCUUCCAUUUGAGUGAAUGCAUGCAAAUUUUUCUCUCUCACAAUUUCAUUGAAAGUUACUACAUAUUGCGACAAAAUAAUGACAGAUGAAUAAAAACACAUUUGUAAUUUAAAUAUGAAUGUUAAAACGUUUUCGCCUUCAAUAUAAGUAUGCAGUACAUCAUAAAAUGGCUAUGGGAAAAAAGGCUAUGGAAAGUAAAACAAACAAGCAAAAUACUUCGCGUUCAUGAAUUAUUCUAUUUAAGCUUGUGUUCACCCAAUGUUUCAAUUUGCGAAUAUUUGUCAGUUGUUUCCACUAUUUCAAACAUAGGUGGCGCAAGACUCGUUUACGCCCUUGUUGACUUCCGGUGUACAUAAGAUUUAUAAGAGAGUGUAAGGUUUUUGUUGUGCAAAUAGGGAGUGGGGGUAGAAUGCCCGAGAUAUGAAGCUUUUAAAAAAUUCAAUUGGUUCAUUGUCAUCAAAUGUGACAGCGACAACGAUCGUUUUAAGUUCCACUCAGCGUCGUGCGCUAUAAACUUCAGUCUUCAGUUCAGUCCGACUUCACAGAUAUCAGAUGACGACUUUGUUGCAGAAAGUAUUUACAGGGAAUUAAACAUUUGCUUUGUAGAUCGUAAUAUUCUGCAUGAAUGUUUUAUGCUGAAAUUUUAUCUAUCCUUAGUGAUACAGUCAUCAAUGAUCUUAUAAUUCUAUGACCCCCCCACUCUUUCUAGACUAGAUCUAUAAUCGAACAGGGGAAAUUUGAGUCCUCAAUAUAUAAACCAAGUAUGGUACAAAAAUACAUUUCAGAUGUCAUUUAAAAAUUAAUUUUAGAGUUAACCAAGAUCGUCAAAAUAUGAAUGAACGCGAUUGCUAAUAGAACCCCUCUUACACCGUCACUCGGUACGACGACACGACUGUAAUGGAGGGGUGGCUAUAAUCAGACUGUAACUGUAAGGCAGUGAAUAUUCUUAGGUCUUGCUUUCGUUUUUGAUGACUGGAUUGUAAAUUGAUGUCAACACUUUACUUUCAUUGUUAAUUUUGUUAUAAUUCAAAAAGUGUUGUAAAAUGUUGUUUGAAUUUCAGGGAAAACGAGUCUGGAUUCUUCAAGAGUCAAUACGUAUGAAAUUAAUCCAAGUAUGAGAUGAAAUUGUCAAACUUUCAUAACUUAAUCAAAGUUUGCAUUAUCAUAGCUAUGUUGUUAUGUCAUGUUUAUCAACUGACCCAUGGAAGUACAGUCCAAUACGCCAAAGAAACGAAUACUAGUCCUAGCCUAUUUUAACAGUUGACGCAAACCAGAAAAAAAAUGCAUCUCAAGAGAUUAAGAUAUUUCUGAAUUUUUUAGAAAUAAAAUUUGAAUCAUAUCUACUUUUAUCAAAAUUAAAUGCAAAUUCAUAAAGCUAUAAAUUUAUCCAAGUGAAGUAAAUUACAAAUUUCGCUAUCAUAUAUACAAUGUUGUGUUUAUAAUAAAAGCCACACAUAGGCCUAUUGUUCAUUGUCGUUUUUAUUUUAAAAAAUCAUUGCAUUACGUUUUUCAAUAUUCACUUGUAACUUCGAUUUCAAUCUGAAGUAUGAACAUUCAAAUUGACCUUCAAAUUGAAAAGUGUACUACAUUUGUUAAGUGAUGUAUUUUAGUAUUAAAUCAUUCAUAUCAUGAACUGUCAUGGUACAUAUAAACAUGAUAAAUCCUUAUACAUGAAAGUAAACACGGGUCAAAUUACAUGUAUGUAGGCC